GCGUAAAUCGUUUGUAUCUUAUAUCGCAAAAGUGAAAAUUUUAUCUUUUAACACAAUCAAUAGUUUCACGUUGUUUAAAAAUGAUUGCAUUACAUCAUAAAACAUCGUUUCUACCAUUUCUCAAAACAAAGAAAGUGAAAGUUGCGAACCUAUUUCUAAAAGCAAAAGUAGGAUGAUUUGCUUUCGAUUUCAAAGUAGCAGUUUUUAACAGCAAAAUGAGAAUAACAUAUGUUGAUCUGGUUGGACCUUAACAUUAGUUGUAACAUUGUAAGACACUUCGAAUAUAAACCGGUUUGAGUGAGCAGAACAAGUCAUGUGGGAAUCAAUGCCUGAAGGAAAGAGACACGCUGAUGAUGUUGUUACAGAUAACACCAAUAAAAGACUACGAUUAGAAAAUGCUGAUACCGAAUUAGCAGGUGAACAUCAGAAUAAAGGAUCUACAUCUAUUCGGCCCAGAGACCUCAAAAUUGGAAGCUGCAUAUACAGUUUAAGUACCAAAUCAUAUGGAACAAUUGGACCUAUUUUAAAAAUUAAAGAAACUGGGGAAUUAUGUUUCCUUACAGUAAGACACAUUUUUGGUCCAUUUAAAUCUCCUGAAAAGUUCAUAGGUACAAAAGUGUACCUUAAAACGUCUGUAUCUGAUGAAAAGGAUGUGAAGCAUUGUGGUGAAGUGAUUGCAGCAGAGUAUGAUGAAAGUCUAGAUGUCACUCUUGUAAAGAUAUCUGACGAGUGUUUACCGUCUAAAAUACAGUUGAUACAAGUAGUCGACGAACAUUUAACAAAAUGCGGUACGCUUAUUUUUUAUUUUGUGCAUAAUUACUACCAUAUACAAUUACUACUUGUUUACAGUUAAAAAUAUUCUUGUUUUUCUGACCCAGUUGUUAAAAUCAUGAAGUCAGAUCUUAAUAUGCAUUUGGCAAAUAUAAUGUAAAGGCGUCAGUUAUUGAUAUCCAUGCAGAAAUUAUUGCUAAUCCUUUGUUUAUGAAAUUAUUGAUUUUCGUUAUCUUAAAAAACUCUUUUUCAAAGCGUAUAUCUAAGAUAUAUAAAUAAAAUUUGUUUAUAA